AUGGUAGGCCUCAUCAAACUGUUCAAGAAGUACUCCGACGAUUGCCGUCAACUCGAGGUCCACGUCAACGACGCCACGAUCGAAAAGAUCUACCGGCGCCUCGUGCCGCUCGGCAAGAAAUUCUACCUCCACACAAGCGUCAGCGAUCGUGUGCUCGCAACGUGGUGCUCCAUCUUCUUCCGCAACAAUGGCAGCUUCCAAUACGUCUACACGCUGACGGACGACGAUAUCGAGCGCUCCAUCCGCAAAGGUGGCAGCGACAGAGCGCGUGCCGACGUCCUCUUGCUUGAGGUAUAUUCUAAUGAUGUCAUCCGCUUGCAUCAGAAGAACCAGAAGCUGGUGGAGAAUGUCCUCCAGGUGAAUUUGAGGUGGACACCUGUCCACGCGUGCUGGAAAGCCAGGGGUGGCCCGUCGCCGUUGCGAGAGUUCGGCGGGGAAGGGAAAAAGGAAGAGAAAAAGCAAGAAGAGAAAAAGCAAGAAGAGAGCAAGCAAGAAGAUAAGAAAGAAGAGGAAAAAGAAGCGGAGAAAGACGACAAGAAAGAAGAGGAGAAAGCAGAAGAAGACGAGAAAGAAGAAGAGACGAAGCCUGCGGAACCGGUGGCGCCAAAGCGUAACGAUGGUGAGGCGCGAUCUUCGACGACGUCGAAGCAAGGGUCAUCGGCGAAGGCCUGCUCGCGAUGCUCGCCCAAGGCCGCAGCGUCUCGUGCGCCGUCCCGGCUCACCAGAUCAAAUCUCGCAUCAAUGCCUGCGCUGAUUCCCGAUGACUCCAUCUCGGCGCUGAGUUCCUGGACAGCUUCGCAGGGCAGGAGUGGGCCAGAUGCAGCCAGGCUGUCGGCGCUCCUCCUCAAUGCGUUUCCCACGAGCCCGGCAUACUCAUCGUCAUCCAGGGGCUCGCAGCAACCGCCGAGGCCCUCCUCAUCAUCAAAGGGCGAUGUGUCCUCCAACACUACUCCAUCUGGCCCUGAGGAGGAUCGGCCGGAACUUGUCAUUGACAAGAAGGGGCGCUUUGUCGCUGUGCUUUGUGAUGAGUUGGAACACCAACAGGAGUUUCCGGAUGCGUGUAGGACUUGUGCGCCACGUCAAUGCGAUUGCAAAUGGUGCACGAAGGAUGGUUGUGGGCGCUGCGGCGAUGUGCUCAUUGUCGACGCAAGGGUGACGAUGCAUAUCCCGAAGAGAAAAUGA